UGAUUUGGGCUGAGAUUUAACUGCGUUUGUUUUAAGGAUGCUUUAAAUAAUAAAAAUAUUUUAUUCAUACAAAUGAGCAUUUUAUGUAUAAUUUAUCCCAUUUAACUGUUUUCAUCAAAUUGAUGAGGCAUCUCUAAUCAAAUUAUAGUAAUUGAAAUACUGUUUCUCGGUUUUUCACAAUGGAAGUAUCUGAAGACUUGGAUCUCGAAUCUCUUAUGGAAUUAUUAGAUGAAGAUUCUGAACCAAAUAAAAUGGAAGUAAAAAAUCAGUAUUUGCCAAAAAAACUUGAUAGAGCUGAAGUAGAUGAAUCUUUCACUGAUCAUUCCUUAAAGAAAACUGAGCCAAAGAUUCUAAAAGAUAUUUCUUUAGAUUUUAUGGAAGUAACAAAUCAGUAUUUGCCAAAAGAACUUGAUAGAGCUGAUAAUGAAGUAGAUCAUUCCUUACAGAAAGUUAAACCAAAAUUUCUAAAAGAUAUUCCUUUAGAUUUUGUACAACCUGUGGUUCCAAAGUCAAGUGGAAAUAUUUCACUAUCUGCUUCCUUCAAAAGCUCUUUAAUCCAUUCUGGUGAAGCAGAUAGCUCAGAUGAUGAAAAUAAAACAGAUUUAACCGACACUGGGAAAGAUAUUAAGAAAAAAAUUUCAGAGAAAAUAAACCACUAUUUUGAUAAAAAUCGUAGAGUUAUAAAAACAUGGAAAGAUAAAUCUGAAAGUAAGCUUCCAAUGAACAAGGCUUCUGCUGAUACUUCAUCCAUUGAUAAAUAUUCUGGAAUAAGAAUUAUAAAACCUCUUGUGCCGUUUGAUGUAUUGCAACAAAAAAUGCAAGGUCGCCGAAUGAUCAAAAUGUCGUUUAUUAAGAACUGCAUCAAAGGUGGUGAUAUUGAAGGUGACUGGGUUACAAUGGGGGUUAUAAUACAAAAAGUGCCUCCUAAAACAGCAAAAAAUGGCAAAAUGUUUUCCAUAUGGAAAAUGACUGACCUUCUUGAUUGCGAGAAAAUUGUGAGUGUUUUUUUAUUCGGAGCUGCACAUGCAGAACAUUGGAAGACUGCUGUAGGAACCGUAGUUGGUAUUUUGAAUCCAUCUAUUAUUCCAGGGAGAGAUACAAAUGAAGUGUUGAGUCUUUCUGUGGAUCAUGCCGGUAAAUUUAUGAUUAUGGGUACAUCUAAAGAUUUUGGACACUGCAAAGCUCGUAGAAAAGAUGGUGAAACUUGCAGAAUCAUUGUAAAUAUGGCUCAAUGUGAAUAUUGUGUCUAUCAUGUGAAAAAAGAAUUUAAAAAAUUUAGUUCCAACCGGAGCGAACUUCAGACUUCAUAUUCUGGUAGAGAGCCGAGUUUUAAGAAUAAAAUUUUAAAGGGGCAGAACUUCUUUUAUGGAGGACAGAUGUUUACUGCACCGGCAAA